CAAGAAGCUGGACGGUAACGGCGUUGCGGGACGGCUAAAGCAGCGAUCCGGGGCAACGAGCUGUGCUAAGAAAAUCGGGACUGUCCCGCGGGAGGCGGGCCUGUUUAGCGUUUGCCAGAAGGAUAAAAGAGCAUCCAACCCACCCUUUGCGUCUUGGGCUGCAGCCGACUUUGCAAUCAUCAGACAUCUUGUCCGCGCUUAAACAUGGCAAACCGAGGCGGAGCUACCAGACCGAAUGGACCGAAUGCGGGGAAUAAAAUCUGCCAGUUUAAGCUUGUCCUUUUAGGAGAAUCUGCAGUUGGAAAGUCCAGUUUAGUGCUUCGCUUCGUAAAGGGACAGUUUCAUGAAUUCCAAGAAAGCACAAUCGGAGCCGCUUUCCUUACCCAGACAGUCUGUCUCGAUGAUACAACCGUAAAAUUUGAAAUUUGGGAUACAGCUGGUCAAGAGAGAUAUCACAGCCUUGCUCCAAUGUAUUACAGGGGAGCCCAAGCUGCAAUAGUUGUAUAUGACAUCACAAAUGAGGAAUCGUUUGCUAGAGCAAAGAACUGGGUAAAAGAACUGCAGAGACAGGCAAGCCCCAAUAUUGUGAUCGCUUUAUCUGGUAACAAAGCUGAUCUGUCCACAAAGAGAGCUGUGGAUUUUCAAGAAGCUCAGGCUUACGCAGAUGACAACAGCUUAUUGUUCAUGGAGACUUCUGCUAAGACAUCAGUGAAUGUGAAUGAGAUCUUCAUGGCUAUAGCUAAAAAGCUUCCAAAGACGGAACCACAGGCUGGAGCAAGCAACACCAUCAGAGGAAGAGGAGUAGACCUAACUGAAACAGCACAACCCACCAAAAGUCAAUGCUGUAGUAACUAAUUAAAGGCUUCUUGUUCUAUAAACUGUAUGGAUAUUAUCUUGCUUCCUAAUUGUUAAUAACAAUUUAGUGUUUAAUCCUGUCUUGGCCUUUGUGCCAUCCCUUCAGAGCAAUGCAUUGCAAUCCCCCAUGGCAGUCAGUAUGUUCAACUAGGCCCUGUGAAAACUAAUAAAGAGAGACUUGCAGUGUGGUCUCAUACAUAAUACAGAGUUCUUUUACUGCUAAUUCAGAUUUUUUAAUAUGCAUGCAUUAUGUUCUACGAUGCGUUCUCAGCGUGGGAGAAUAGACUGGUGUAUUAUAAAGAGCUUUAUCACAUGCAGGACCUUGGUAAGAACAAUAAUUGUAUCUGCAAUGCAUUGCAAACUUCUUGGUGGAAAGUAGAAAUGGUUCUAUUAUAAUGGUGACAAUUAGCCCAAAGUGGAACUUUUAAAACUUUUUUUUUUUUUUUCUAGAAAAAAAAAAAAGAUUUUUUUAAGCUAAUACAAGCAGGGUAUAAAAUCAAUUUUUUCUCUACAGUGUUUGCUCAAAAUCACCUUUUACAAAAUCCAGAUCUACAUUCCGUUUAUUAAUUUAUAACUUCGUAGCCACUAAUUUUGCCGCUUUCAAACGAUAAACAGAAUAUUGUAUGAUUACACCAAAAACUCAUUAAUGUUUAGGGGAUAGGCUUAGUUUUUAUUUCAUAUACAAUUACCAAUCAAUUCUUCAAGGUGAUUUUUAUUAUGCCCUCCUGCACCAUCUUCACAGAACACCAAACUCUUUCAAUUCUACUUCUAAUUUUGGGGGGGGGGGGUUUCCCUUUUUUUUUUAUUUUUGUAUCCAGUUUUACCCAAUGCAAAUACAAAAAAACGCAAUGUUCUAACAAUUAUGUAUCCUCCAUUUAACUAUCUUAAAAUUGGAUGGUAAAAUUGUAAUGUAAAUAGGGUACUGAACUGUAGACUACAUUUAUGUUCUGUUACUUGUAAGAUUUGGUUAAAACUGUACAGUUACUAAAAUGCUAAAAAAAUAAAAAGCUAAUGGUUUUUCCUCUA